AGGUACCCACGUGGGAGCGCGGCGUGCUCGCUCCUUUGUGCUCGGGUAAGGAUCCCACCUGGGACCGUGGCUGUUCAGAUUUGGGGCUGCUGAUUUGCCUACAGGAGGGGCCUCUGAUAGUCUGCGACGGGAUCUUUUAUUAAGGCACUGCGGUGAAAACACUGCUUCGCUGGGCGACUUGGUUCAGGUGCCGAAGGGCGAUCCUUAUAGGCAUGCCAAAGCGUGGGAAAAAGAGGCCCGCGGCAGAAGACGGGGAGGAGCCGAAGACGGAACCAGAAGCCAAAAAGAGUAAAACAGCCAAAAAGAACGAAAAAGAGGCGACCGCAGAGGGCCCCGUUCUGUACGAGGACCCCCCAGAUCAGAAAACUUCACCUAGUGGCAAAGCUGCCACUCUCAAGAUCUGCUCCUGGAAUGUGGAUGGGCUUCGAGCCUGGAUUAAGAAGAAAGGCUUAGAUUGGAUAAAGGAAGAAGCCCCAGACAUCCUGUGCCUCCAAGAGACCAAAUGUUCAGAGAACAAACUGCCACCUGAACUUCAAGAGCUUUCAGGACUGUCUCAUCAGUACUGGUCAGCUCCUUCAGACAAGGAAGGCUACAGUGGGGUGGGCCUGCUGUCCCGCCAGUGCCCACUCAAAGUCUCCUAUGGCAUUGGUGAAGAAGAGCAUGAUCAGGAAGGCCGGGUGAUUGUGGCUGAAUUUGAUGCAUUUGUGCUGGUAACAGCCUAUGUGCCUAAUGCAGGGCGCGGUCUGGUAAGAUUGGAGUACCGACAGCGCUGGGAUGAAGCUUUUCGAAAGUUCCUGAAGGGCUUGGCUUCUCGCAAGCCUCUUGUGCUGUGUGGGGACCUCAAUGUAGCGCAUGAAGAAAUUGACCUUCGCAAUCCCAAGGGAAACAAAAAGAAUGCAGGCUUCACUCCACAAGAGCGCCAGGGCUUUGGGGAAUUGCUGCAGGCUGUGCCACUGACCGACAGCUUUCGGCACCUAUACCCCGAUACUGCCUAUGCCUACACCUUUUGGACUUACAUGAUGAAUGCCCGGUCCAAGAACGUUGGUUGGCGCCUUGAUUACUUUUUGUUGUCCGACUCUCUGUUGCCUGCCUUGUGUGACAGCAAGAUCCGUUCUAAGGCCCUGGGCAGUGAUCACUGCCCUAUCACCCUAUACCUAGCACUGUGACACCUCCCCCUGAAUUAUUUUGAGCCAGGAAAUAGGAUUCUUUCUCUCAGAGCUCUCUAGUGAAAUCUGCACUGUAUUUUUCUCCUGUGUAGCCAUGAAUCCUUCAAGUAGGCUCCUAUCACAGACUUAGGUUUCUCUAAAGGCUCCUAAGAUGUUGGUUUUGUGAAGUUCUAUGUCCCUUCCUCCACACUCAUGCUUUUUUUUUUA